CUAUUAAGUUCUGGAGAAUUAUAGACUCAACUAUCGAAAUAUAAAUUAUUAGCCAUAACUAUUAUUGCGGGUCAAGAAAUGGCUAACAACUCUGUAACCGUUAACCAGGCCGGCCAUUACCACGGCAAGGAUCCACGAUCUGUUCGGCUCUCCGAGAUCUCACCUCUUCUCCCGAUCUUCUUCCAGACUCCUCCACCUCCCGUAGGGUGCCGGACCAUCGCUCUGGUCGAUACCUACAUAGACCGAUCCCGCCAGGUGGAGACCCUCCGCGCUAUCAACCACUAUCUCUCCUCCAAAUCCUUGCCCUCACUUCAGACCAACCAAACCCCUUCCAGCAAAUAGAUCAAGGAAACCCUAACGUUCCUUCUCACGAAUCCCGAUUGCCCGAUCAAGAUCAACGGGUCCUUGCUGCCGCUUCUCGAUCUUGAUUUCCGAUUGUUUCAUAUUUAUUUAGCUCGAGGUUUUUGGGCUGGGGGCUUUGUAUUGGAAUCAAUUGGACUAUUUUUCGGUGAUCGUCUAUAUAUGUGCUGUGUGGUUUUGGGUAGGGGUGGGCACGUGGGUGGUUAAUCCGGGAAUUGAUAUCGAUCCACCCGCAAAUAACCCGACCCGCAUGCAAUGGGUGAUUAAUGUGGGUGGAUUGCGGAUUGUUAAAUCUCCCACCCGCACUUAUGAGGGUGGAUGGUGGGUGGAUUGCAGGUCACCCGUAUGACUCGCGUCCUAUUUUUACAUGGAAAAAUGUUGUUUCUUAUAGUAUUGAAUAUACAUCAUAUUUUCUAACUGCACUACAGUCUGACCAUAUACUUCAAAAGGUGGAUAGUAAAGAAUAGUUUUUGAC